AUCAUAACUUCGAGGUCGUAGUUAACUUCGUCUAUCUAGGGACCAGCUUAAACACCAAUAAUAACGUCAACCUCUAAAUCUAACACAGAAUCAAUCUUGCCAACAGGUGCUACUUUGGACUAAGUAGGCAGUUGAAAAGAAAAGUCCUCUCUCAGCGAACGAAAAUCAAACUCUAAAAGUCGCUUAUCAUUCCCGUCCCACCAUAUGGCGCAGAAGAAAAGUUUUUCGAACGAUUUAUGGUCCUUCGCGCAUUGACAACGGCGAAUACCACAGACAAUGGAACGAUGCCCCAUCGAAAAAGCAUCUAAGGUCAUGAUAUUUAGUAAUAUACAAUACAUAUCGACAAAUAAAUAUUGUCAACGAAAAUCAUAGUUUGUAGGCUGAGGAAUAUAUCAUAUAGCCCCCAUACAACCAAUUUGUUCAGAGGUUUUGAGUCAAAAAAUCUAAUAAAUAUUGACAACGAAAAUCGGAAAACUGUAUCAAAUAGCCCCUCCAACCAGUUUUUCAGAUACGAAAAUUAAUAUCUAAUCCUAAAAUGAAACUUCGCCAUUGCAAAAGACAGCUUUUUUCCUGUUUUGUUGAAAGAUAAUUGUUCGCCUUUUAAUAAACAAAUUUCCUGUAACACAGUGUCACUUUCGGAUUCUCUGAGAUGAGCAUACAUUUUGAAAACGAACUGACGAUUACGUACUGAAAUGAAUACAAAAAAUACUGGACUUUUUUACACAUCUUUGACAAGCAUGGCAUUCUGAAUUAAAAACAAACCUUUUAUAUAUUCAUAAGUUGCAUACGUAUACAUACAUCAAUACUCGUAAAUAUGUUUAUGUGCAUACUAUAUGUGUAAAUGUGCAACAUUGAACAACAUGGAUAGCUUCUUAUUCUGUAUCUAUGCAUACACUUCAACCUUGCUUUCAGGAUGCUUUUGUACGAAGCACUUCUCAUGUUAAUGACCUUUUUAUAAGGACCCAGGUGUGGGCAUGUAACCCCUCCUAUUCACAAGCUAUCUGUCAGUUCAAACAUUGAAUUUACAGUGUACUCUAUAGCCAAAAAUUCUUUGAGUAAGAACAUGUUUUAUCAUGUGCAAUAUUUUCGUGGGUUUGGUUUAAUAAUAUUUUGCGAAACAAAAUUGGAUAUACUAUCAAAAAAUUCUAUUCUUCUGUAAGUUUCUUCUUCUUCGUCUGUAAGUUUUCAUGGUAUCUCUAAAAGAAACGCUUCAAAAGCUAGAAUCAUCCUACUUGAAAUCGCGUUAUAAAAGAAAACAAAAUUUCUUUCGAUUAUUUCGAUAAAGAAAAAAAAUAUAAAAGGAAAAUGAGAACUUCAAGUUUGUGAAGAUAGGCAGCAAACAUCGUGAUAGUAAUACGGUGCACCGACGUCACUAUAAUACAUUUUCUUCAGCUCUUCUGUGUUUUUGCUGUUCACGGUGUUUUAUAUUCUUAUUCUGGUGCUACAGCCCAAUAAUCACGAAAAGCUACGCUUGUGUCAUAUCGAAUUAGAGACUUAAUUUAGAACUUUAGCCAAGCUACAGUACUCGUAAAUCAUAAUUCUAAAAAUUUUAUUUGUAAAAUACUGUUUCUUUUAUCUUUGUUAAAGUGUUGUGAUUUUAUUUCAGACUGCAAUGGAACAAAAUAAACACCUGUCUUUAAAGUGAUUAUGUAUAAAAUUGAAUUGGUGUUGAAUUUUUUUUGGUUUGGUUAUCUUUUCUGUAUUUCCGAGUGUGUGUUUUGAAGUGAAAACUCCAUCAACCGUUUAGGGGGAUGCGGCUCAAAAUCAAACCAUGCAAAGAAGCAGAACCUCCACCCAAGCACAUUAGAAACGGAGUACAUAGAAGCCUUAAACUUACCAAGAGUCCGUCAACACCUUCAUUGUUAUCUCGCAGUCAAACUGCUUCGAGAGUCUCGCGUAAUACUGGUGUGGAUAUUGUAGCAAAUUAAACUUCUACUUUUCCAGACUCUACCUUAACAUACCGAUCGUAUGUCCGCACUGCACUAACCACCUCUUUGCGUGUCCCCUACAGCCAACUUAUCUGAUUCCCCCCUCCCUCUGAUCCAAACCCGCCGAAACAACUCGGUUUGCAGUCCUACUGUUAGAUGACAUCGAUGACUUAGACGCUAAAUAUAUUUUAUUUAUUUUUCGAAGAGAGACAGAAAUUAGAAAAAUUUACUAAAUUUUUUAUUUAAACUCGAGCCAUGACCAUCCGAAUGUUAGUACGCGCUGUUAACCACUCGGUUAUUGCAGCCGCCAAUUAUUAUAGGAAAUACUUCUCUAGCUUGCUGAAUAGAUUUGAAAGCGUAACACCCAUUAGAUUCUGAUGUACAAGACGUUCCAAUACCCUACUAUGACGAAGUUCAAAUAGCGAUUGCCCACUUAAGGAAUAACAAAGUUUGGAAAGCCGAUAGCUUACCGGCUGAGCUAUUUAAAUAUAGCGGAGAAAAACCGACAAAUAAACAGGUCCACAAAAACGAGAAUCGCUAACUACCGUGGGAUAAUCCACCACUUAUUGUGUGAUAGAUUAAAGUCUACGGUCGACAAAACUGAUGGGGGUAUUAUCAGUGUGGCUUAAGAUCAGCCCCGGUGGGUAGUGAACAAAGCGAAAUCUACAAUGAUGACGUUGAUGAAUUCUGUACUCAAGGUAAAGGCUUUGCUGAAGGUUUAUGGUCUAUUGAUCAUUGGCAACGACGAGCACUGCAAACGAUGAAAUGAUAAGCUGCUAUUGGCGAGAUAUACGUAUUAAAUGUUUUAACCAGUUCAAUUUCAGAACAAUUACAAGAGAUCUAACUUGUUUAAGAACUUAUUUUUGCAUUUAAAAAGUUCCAACUGAUUUAGCUUGUUUAGCCUGCAGAUUUCAACAUACUGUAAGCUAUGUUCUAAAAAUUGAUAUUUUUUGAUACUGCUUAUAUAAUAUUACACGUUUCACACAUUUUUAGCGUUAUUUUCAUGUACCAAUGUACAUAUUUUGAUACAAACCGAAACAUACUUAUCAAUAAAAAGAACAAUUAAAAUUGCUUAAACUAAAAUUAAUUUUCUAUUGCUCGUCUAGAAUGCGACACUAGUGAAAAUUGGUUAUGUAAGAUAAAACCUUCUCUUCUAAUGAAAAUUUAAAAUUUUUCCUUUUCUAGAUAUUCGGAACAACAAAAUGAAUGACGCCAUAACAGAUAAAUAGCAUCCUAAAACAUAGGAGUUAUUUGAACUCGUUACACAAAAGAAAAAAAUUAAAGUUAAAGCUAAGUCACGUAAAGAAGAAAAUAAUAUAUUUAUAUCUUCAUUAAAAAACGUCAAAAUUACGUCUUACCAUCCACCCACGCCGAAAGUCAAACAAAACCCGGCCAAUAUGGACUCUAGUUCUGGGCCGGGGUUUGACGACGAACCGCCACCAGAACCUAGAGACGGUUGGCUACUAGUAAGGGUUCAUGUCCCCGAACUAAACGUAUAUAAAUGCCUGCAAUUUCCAUCGGAUCGUUUGGUUUGGGAUGUCAAGCAACAGGUGCUCUCCUCAUUGCCAAAGGAACUAAAAGAAAGUUUUAAUUACGGACUAUUUUGUCCGCCUUCAAAUGGUAAGGCAGGAAAGUUUCUCGAUGAAGAGCGGCGCCUGGGCGACUAUCCGUUCAAUGGCCCUGUUGGCUACUUGGAGCUCAAAUACAAGAGACGGGUUUACAAAAUGCUAAAUUUGGAUGAAAGGCAAUUAAAAGCCUUACACACUCGGGCUAAUUUACGACGAUUUCUUGAGUGUAUCAAUGCAGGCCAUAUAGAGAAGAUUGCAAAAAUGUGUGCCAAAGGAUUAGAUCCGAAUUUUCAUUGUCCUGAAAGUGGCGAGACUCCUUUAACAGUAGCUACUGCAGCUAAAAAACCAAAUAAAUUACUUAUAGCAUUAGUCAAUGGCGGUGCAUUACUUGAUUAUCGCACCAAGGACGGUACUACGGCUCUUCACAGAGCCGUCGAAAAGGACUCACUUGAAGCUGUUACAACAUUACUCGAAUUGGGAGCAUCGCCUAAUUAUAAAGAUAGUCGCGGUAUCACGCCUCUUUAUAUAUCGAUUGCGCGCAAAGGCGAUCCAAAGGUAACAGAAAGCUUAUUACAUGAUCACGCUACUCUGGGUAUUCAGGACACUCAGGGAUGGAACGAGGUGCAUCAGGCCUGUCGACAUGGUCUGGCUCACCAUUUGGAACAUUUAUUGUUUUAUGGUGCGGACAUGGAUGGCCGUAACGCUUCCGGUAACACACCAUUGCAUGUAUGCGCUGUUAACAAUCAAGAGGCUUGUGCAAAAAUGCUUUUAUUUCGUGGCGCACAACGUGCUGCUCUCAAUUAUGCCAAUCAAACUCCCUAUCAGGUUGCUGUAAUAGCAGGAAAUAUGGAGCUUGCCGAAAUAAUACAAAACUACAAAACUGACGACGUUGUUCCAUUUCGUGGACCGCCACGUUAUAAUCCUAAACGUCGGUCGGCUGUGGGCUGGCCUAAUGGCAGCUGUGCAAUUAGUUGUGCUGGUAGCCUAAUGGGCACUCUGUCACGCAAUAGCACUUGUGGCCAUCACGGACCACCAUCACCUUGUCCAUCCGAGCAUAUUCCCUACAGCUCGGCUAGUUCAAGCCUCUCGGAAGGAUCGUCAGGAAAUCGUUCGCACGAGGAUGAUAUCAGCAUUGUAACAGAUAAAUCAAUCGGUGACACUAGUGAUAUCAUCAGCGACUCAUCUGGUGUCGGCACCAACUCAGACUCCGCUGCGUGCUCAAUUGGACAUCCCAGUACCACAGUUGUUUGCAUGGAACCGUACUCUGGAAAUACCACAGGCCAUAUUUCAUUAAAAACAGGUGAUAUUAUCGAAGUAGUUGGAUCUACCGAUUGUGGUCUCCUGGAGGGAUAUAUUCGCGGAUCAAACCAAUCUGGUUUUUUUUCAGCUGAUUGCGUACAGGAAGUGAGCUUACGCCAAAAGAAUAUUAUUAAUUCUUUUGCGCCGGCAAUGCCAACUAGCAGUAGCAAUAAUACCAUAAAUAUUAGCAGUCAUUCGCCUUUUCCGCAGCACUCAACACUGGUGAGUUCAAUGAACAGCGCAACGAACAAACAUCUCUCUCCCCAGCUUAGUAACAGCAGUAGUAAGUUGACAAAUACAGCAAACAACAGCUUGCUAUCGCGCUCCAAUAUAGCUCUUAAUCAAGCCCAUCAAUCGCCUUCAAUGUCAGUAAAUAGCAACUCCUCUGACUCUGCAAUGAAUGCAAGUGAAACAGAUAGUAUGAGAAGAACAGGAAUGUCAAUGGACAAACUCUGUGGAGAAAGAGGCGGUGGAACUCAGACCUCACAAUCAGUCGGGCAAUACAACAGCGCUACGGCUCCUCGAAUAAAGAAAAUGGGUUUUAAUGAGCCGCGCACAAUUGUUUUGCACAGAGCAAAACGUGGUUUCGGUUUCAUUCUUCGUGGUGCUAAAGCUUCGUCGCCACUGAUGCAAUUAAAACCAACGGAACGCUUUCCGGCGCUACAAUAUUUAGACGAUGUAGAUCCGAGCGGUGUAGCUGAUAUGGCAGGCUUACGUCCAGGAGACUUCCUGCUCGCCAUUGGUAAUGAAGACGUUCGAGCAGCCUCUCACGAGAAGGUCGUUGAAAUGAUACGCUCUGCUGGUACACUUGUCUCCAUGACCGUUAUAUCUCCUCAAUUUCCUAAUCAAAUGCAUGCUGCAACACAAAUAUUGCCAAACAAUCGGCAUUUAUCCAGCGGGCCAAGUACACCUCAAGCGCAACAUCGACAAUGUGCAACUUUGCCACGUAAAAUGUCUCUGAGCCCUAACGCUGCAGUUGGAAGCACCAGUGGUGGAGGUAGCGGCAUCAACAGAAUGCCCGCUCCAAUACCCCCACGGCGAGAUCCAAAAACAACUCUAAGUGUUGGACGAGCCCGUGCAAAAUCUAUGGUAGCUGGAUUGGAGAAUGGCGGUGAAAAGGAUGAUGGGGAUAUACCACAUAUCAAAUCGUCAUCCAUAGAAUCUAUAGCAACACCCACACCUACACAUCCUGGAACCCCGGUGCAAUUACGCACUGCUAGUAUUAAAGCCAGACCCACAUCUAGCCGUAUAACUGCCGCAGAACUUGAAGAGCUCUUCCAACGUCAACAGGGUGAAUCAAUGGAUAGUUCGAAUCGCUACUCUACAAUGAUGACCACCUCUCGUUUUCAGUCCGGUACAGAUAGUGGCGCAGCUACACCACCAGCAAUUAUCAAUUCGCCUUCGAAGGCUCCACUCGUUUAUGGCAGUGUUGCUGAAAUGAAGCGUAAAACAAAAAUCAAGAAUGGCACCAUGAGAGCCAAACCAUGUGCCAUACCCAUAGUAGGCGAAACUGGAAGUCAUGAUUUAAAACGAUUCCAUUCAACUCCUGAUUUAAAUACACAUUUAAAUGGAUCAGCUUCAUCGAUAUGGGCAGCAGCAAGUAAGGGCCAUCAUUCGCAAGACGAUGUCGCCAUCCUACAUACAUCAAUGCAGCGAUUAAAUAUGUUACCGCCGCCUACACAUCCCCCACCGCCACCACCAAUUGGGCAAGUAGUCAAAGUGGAGACUCGCAGCACAUCUGAGUAUGAAUCCACACUUUCUCUACAACAAAAGCUUAAAAAGCGUUCGGAAAGUGAUGCCGUCACAUCAGCUGCUAUUGAUGGAAUUCAAUCAAGUUUUAAUCCUUCAGCUAAUGCCAAAAUAUAUGCAUCUCCACAAGAGCUACGUAAUGUAAUGGCAUGGAAGCUCCGACAAUCCCAUGAGAGCCGUCAAAGCCAAAAUGGUAAAACACAACAGCAACAAAACUUAAAAACGCUAGACGCCCCUGAGGCGCAGGCAGAACAACCUACUGCUGUAAAAGGAAAAGCACUUAAGCCAAUUAGUCAAUACGCGCAGCCAACUACUAGUCAUUCCUCGCUACAGCAGCCGCAGCUACAACAACAAACAUCAUAUGACGAAGCUCAACAAAAUGGUAUAGAAGUCAACAAUACAAAUAAUAAUCAUGUGGGUACAGGACCCGCGCCACCAAUACCGGAACCAGACUAUAGUUUUAGUGAGUCGGAUGGCGAGGAUGAGAACUCAAUUUUGGUUGCUAGAAACACCAAAUUAAACGAAAAAAUCACACUUACUGAAGUGCCGGAAACUAGUGCAAAUAGUCAAGCUAGCGGAAGUAGCUCUGGCUCUGCAUCAAUUUCCCACUCACUGUCUGUCGAUGAAAUUCAGAGAGUUCGAAAUAAUUUGAAACAGUCAAAAUCAUCCCCCAACGGUUUCCUUAAAAUUGAAAAUCAACAGAGCGGUGGUGACUCUGAGACACAAAUCAAAUCAGCUGAAGUAGCAACCGAAGAUGAAAGAAAUAAUAAUGAAAACAACGCAAACCAAGGUAAUGAAAUAAAUGAGGAGGAAGCUGAUAACAGUUCAUCAGGUGUUAGUAGUGAUCAAGAAGUCGCUGGCGGUGCGAUCGUAGGGAAAAAGUCUAAAUCCACUGACACUAUUAAGAAGAAACCGAACAGUAAAAGUGUGGAAGAAUCUAAAACAGUUUUAGUUCACCCAAAAGAUGAAACAACUUCGGUGCACAUACAAGCAGAAGUUAGAAGCUCAUCAGCUAGUCUUCGUGAAACUACCAAAAUGAAUACUGCAUCCACUAUGGCAUCGACCAAUAUUAUUGAGAUAGAUUUACAAUCGACAACUAAAACAACCAAACCGAAUGAUGAAAAUCCGGAUACAGUCUCAACGAAGUGUAUACCAUUCACUGUCGCCAGCACAGCCGCAGUGUUUGAAGCUAAGGCAACAACCACCACAGUUACUGUGAAGCAAAUGGUGCAACAGCAACAUGCUCCAGUAAUACAGCAGCAGCAACAACAGCAAAUAUCAGCGAACAAAGCCAAAACCUUGGUUAUCCAAAGUCAACAAUUGAGUGGAAAUAAAGUCCAACAAAGCGCAGCUUGUGGCCGUUUUACUCUUGUGCAGCAGCCUCAUUUAAGUCAACACAUGCCAACACUCACUUCCUCAGUUCUUCCAAUAAGCAUACCGCAACAGCACUUGCAUCCAAAUCAGAAAUUACUUGCCACACAGCAGCAUAUUUUUCUACAACAACAACAACAACAUCAUCAUCAACAACAACAACAACAACAACAACAACAACAAUUGCAUCAGCAGCAUUUACAACAAAUACUAAGGGCAAAAGCAGCGGCCGCUGGCGUCACAGGAACAAAUACAGCGGCCAUUGUUACGAAACAGCAACAGCAACUACACAAAAAUUCGCAACACGGAACGGAAAAUGCAAUUUACGAAUCAGAGUAUGAACAGCGUUCUGAGGACGAAGGCGAUUUAAGCCCGUCACCACCAGCGAAGGGAUUUCAACGCCACAAUUCUUUAACUAGAAAACAAGCAGCUGCAAUUGCUAUGCAACGUGCUAACCGCAGCUCAGCCAUUUCAUUAAUGCAACUUCCUCCACCCAUUGAGGCGGAAAGCGAUCACGAGCUGAGCACAACCGGCGGAAGCAGUAACGGUAGCAGUAACAAUGCACACUUAAACACAGCAAUCCUAAGCAGUGGCAAUCGAACAGUUGUAACAGUACCUCUAGGUACUGAAAACCUUGUAUUAGCCCCACCUCCUCAAUUCUGUGACUGUAACGAUGUCAAACACAUCCCACAACAACACGGGCAUCCCACUGUCACUUCGCAUCAUCAGCAUCACCCCCAGAGCCAACAACAGCAACAACAACUAAAGCAUUUACAACAGCAGCAAUAUCAACUGCAGUUGCGCACACACACACAAAUCCAAGGUGGUGGCGGCGUCAGCGGAAGUGGCAGUAGCACAGCAAGCUUGGGCGGCGUUGUUAAUAACGUGGGUACCAUGGGACGGGUUCGCAAUGUGGGCACGACACCUAAGGCCGCACAUCAUCGAUUACAUUGAACGAAAAGUUUACUUUUGUAUUAGAAUAAACAUCCCAGUUGGAAAAUGGGUAAUGCUGUAUUUUUCGAACAGAAAAAAAUUAAUAAAUUUUAAUGUACGAAACCUUCAUGCAUGCCAAUAUUAGCAAAGUGGUAAUGUGACCUGCUCAUACGUGCACUGUGCCUUUAUUAAAACCUUCUUAACAUUCAUUUUAUACAGCAAAGGGUAAAGCAGAAAGUAAAACGUCAGUCUCUUCAUAUUACUUUCGUUGGGGAUUUGCUGCAUUAAGGGUAAUGUAAAUGGUAAUAUAUUUACGGAGUAACUUGCCUAAUUUCUGCUUUACCAUACAUAACCUUUUCCAAGUGGGAUACCUUGUUUAUGAAUGUAUACACGCAUACAUAUUUAUACACUUCACUCGUAAAAAUGGGGGGCGUAUGACAAAUCUAAGUCUAUCAGGCAUAUAUAUACACAUGUAUAUACAUACAUAUAUGUACAUAUGUUUGUAUGCAUGCAAGUAUAAAAUCGUAUAAGUUUCGAAAAAUAGUCAAGUAAUUAAUAGUUGCAUACAAAACACAUAUAUUUGUGAACUUAUUUUUAAGAUUAUUGUUCACGUCCUCAGUAUUCGCAGAUUAUAAUUUAUAGUAUUAUUUUAUUAAAAUAUUUCUGUAAUUAAUCUAUAACAACGGUCAUAACAUAUACAAGCACAUUAGAUUCCGCUACCAUCAUUAUUUAAGGCAAAAAAAAUGUUUUAAGCUGAAUUUAACAUGAAAAUACAGAAUACAGAAUGUAAUUUGAAAAUUGCUGAAGGAAGUUGUGAAUAUACAUAUGUACAUAUGUAUGUAUAUGAUUAGUGAAUUCGAAUGUCAAUAUUAAAUGAAAAACAAUGAUCAAUAAACCUUACAAAUAAAUAUUGUUGCCACAUAUUAAAAUGCACAUGGGAAAGCUGGGAAUAGUAAAAACACACUAAAUAAAUAUAUGAAGAUAAUACUGAAAA